AUGGGGAUACCCUACUCCCGCCAGAUAAACGCCGCCUUCGAACAAGUCACCCCGCUCGUCGCCGCCGGCUUCACCGUGCUUCGCACAACACGCGACAUAUCCAUUUUGUUGGCGAUAAUCCAGGUUCUAACCGUGCUUUUACUAGCGCUGAUACUCGGGGUGCUGGUGGCGAUGCUGUAUUGUAUUAAUCCGGAUUUGGAGGAAGAACGCAAACGCAUUAUAACGCCCUGGCUGCGCUAUGCCGCGCAGAUAAGUAUCUGGGGGGUUAUGAAAUUCGUGGUGGGGAUCGUGGUGAUGUGGAGUGUGGCUAGUGCGGCGGUGUGGAAGGGGAUUGUAGCGAAGCAGUGGGUGGAGGAUGUGGAGUAUGAGGGGAAUGUACGAGCGGAGAUGGCGUUGGAGGAGUUGGAUGAG